UCUUGUUUCGUUUAAUUGUUGAUUAACCGAAAAUAGAAUAAGUGUAUCCUUCGAGCGCAAGCGAAUUACUGAACUGAAAUUAGGAGGGAGUCUUAACCCUCCCCCUUACCGUAUUUUGACAAGUUACACACGUGGAAACAAAUGCAGGCCAAACGUAAACAUCGCGUGUCGAACGUGAUUUCGUAGAACUAAAUAGUACAUCAAUAGGGCUAAAGGCGGCACUACUAUUGCAGAUUUAUUCAUUACUUCCGUCAUACUUCCGUAUACUCUGUACACUCUGUACACUCUGUAUAGUACUUCCGUAUAUAACUAUCACAUAACAAUAAUCAUGGCAACAGAGGAAAACAAAAUAAUAACAUCUCUUUCUAUAAUUGCACAAGAGUACGAUUCUGAUGUAGAUACUGAAGAUAAUGAAUGCGUGGAUGCAAGCAAGAAUUUGGAUCUUAAUAAAAAUGAAGAAGUGUUAGGUUAUGCAAAUACAAAUACGUAUCGUGUGCCGGCUGAAGAGUCUUCUAAUAACGAUAGUGAUAGUGAUAGUGAUAGCAGUGAUAGUGAUAGCAGCGAUAGCGAUAGUGAUAGUAAUAGCAGCGAUAGCGAUAGUGAUAGCACCAGUGAUAGCGAUUCUAGCAGUAGUAGUGAAUCAGAUGAAAAUAAUAGCAUUCCAAAAGACAAAAAUACAAUAAUACAUAACAGAAAAUGUAAUGAAAAGAAAAAAAAAAGUGAAUUAGAUGAUUUACCUACAAUAAAAGAUCUAAAAAUAUCAGUAUCUGAAGACUUGUGCGAUUUCAUUGGAAAAGUCUCCUGGAUAGUCGAUUCAUCAGUAGUUGUACAUCCUAUAGCUGACAAACCAACUCUUAAUUUAGAUACAGUUCUUUUUGUAGAUAAAGGAAGAAAAACAUUAGGAAGAAUUGAAGACGUGUUUGGUCAAGUUUCUGAUCCACAUUAUUCUGUACGAUUUAAUAGUUUGAUGCAUAUAAAAGAAAAUGGAAUUUACGUUGGCAUGGAAGUUUAUUAUUGUCCAAACUCGCCAUACACAAGUCUCGUAUUUUUGCAUGAAUUAGUCACAAAAGGUAUUGAUGCUGAAGCUGAUACCCUUGAAGACGGCGAGGUCCCGGAUUUCUCUGAUGAUGAAGAAGAAUUGAAAUAUUACGAAAUGCAAAAGAAAGCUGGUAAAGAGACAAUUAAUUCGGAUGGUAGUACUGUUCCGUAUAAGCGAGAACGCAAGCUAACAUAUGGUUUGAAGACUAAUCAUCCUUGGAAUAGAAAUACGAAGAAAAAGUUUCAAGGAAGAAAAUCUCAAGUUAGAAAUAAUGACAGUCCUUCUACUUCUUCUAAUUUAUAUAAUCCAUCACAGAGACCACCAUCAUUUGCGAAUUCUAACUAUUCGAAUAACAACAGAUUUUACGAAUAUUUGCAAUAUUCAAAUAAUUUACAAGCUAAUAAUACAAAUAAUACGUUAAUACCGAACCCUCGGAUUCCUUUUGGAAUGUUUCCGAGAUUUCAAUCUAAUUCGUCAACUUCUUUUAAUGGACAUAAUCCAUUUUCAAUAUCUAGAAUAAGAUUUCCACGUGCAGAUUUGUAUUUGCAAUCGCAGCCAAAUUCAUAUACGACUUCAAUUGUACCAUUUGUAUCCCCAUCUCCAUAUCUAUUUUCAUCCCCAUAUCUAACUACACCUCCACCUCCACCUCCACUUCCAUCUCACCCUUCAUCUUCCAUAGAACAAAACCACGAUACUUCGCAAUAACAAUGUAUAUAUAUAUAUAUUAGGAUCAAAUUAAAAUAGUAUUAAUUUAAAUAACAAAAUAUUUCAUACCUUAUAUAUCUUUUUUGUUAAAUGCAAAUGUAAAUAAUGCUCUCGUUACUUUAUAUAAACAUUUAUAAACACUUCGGUUUAUUAAAUUAGCGUAAUAUUUAGAAAUUUUCUCUACAUGGAUUUGUAUCAAAUCUAAAAAUAUGUGUUUUCCUAGCAUUCGAUGUACAUAAUUACAUUAUUUUACAAUCGAUAUCUAUUGCAAAAAUGAAAUAUUGUUAUAAUCCAAUAAAAUUUGUUACUUUGUUAAAAAA